CAUGAAUUCUGCACGGUGAAAAUCUGCGCAGGGUUGCCGUGAUAUAUACCCCGUGGCGGGAUAUCUACCCAGGUGACGUUGCUAUGCCCUUGUUUGGCCGUUGGUGCUUCAUUCUUGUCGACUGCCCUGUGGAAACAUGAACCACACCGCCCUGAGUUCAGUUCGGAGUCAUUAUCCCUCACAGUUUACAUGCAGGAACGUCGCAGCUGAAGCCUUGAAGGCCUACCUCGUCUCCCACCCGUGUUCGCCUUCACUUCUCUCCCGAUCCCGUCCUCGUUCCUACUCUACUCAACCCGCUCCACGGACAGAUGAUACUGCGUCGAACAACGCCCCAGAGGUCGCGCAGCAUGACCAGAAAACCUCCUUUACCGAGAGAGCCAGACAGCGUCUCGCCAACAGAGAGUUCUUCACCAGCCUGUUGAGCUCGGCAGCUACCAAAAGAGAUGCAAAGGCGUAUAUAUCUCGGCUUAAGAGCCCGACAAAGGCUGCUCCGGAGCAAAAACAUGCCCCGCCAAGAUCACAACCUCAGGUCAAUGCCGGAGAUCUACUCGGUCGAAGCAGAGCAAUGGAGGAGAGCCCGGUCUUUAAGCAGUAUGAAAAUGGACAGCAUUCGACGCUUGAAGAGCUGGAAACCCUACAUGUUGCCCUCGUCAAGGUCAGCAACAUCAAUGCCAUGGCUGACGAGAUUGUGAAGGGCAUUGCCCAGACCUUAUCCUCUCUUUCCCGUCUCAGCAUGGCACCUUGUGUCGUCUUGGAGGUACCUCAUGAGCGAAGUCCGCAAGCAACACGAGCAAACCUCUCUCAGGCUGCGGAUAGGCUUGUUGCUGCCAUCGACGCGAUUCACCCUUCGGGGGCAAGAGUACUUGACAAUCUCUUGAGUUUCGGUACCGACGGCAGGCCCCAAGUUUUCCUCCGAAAGCUGUUGACACGCCCUCUGAGGCGUGGCAGGAUACCAAUCGUCCUUCCAGUGGCUUAUUCCGCGGAACAGUCACAGGCCGUCUCUAUCACAGCUGACGAGGCUCUCCUGGCAUUGACCCGAGAACUUUCCGGGUACAACUCUGGUCCUGGAGGCAGCGAACAGCUCAAGCCAGCGGCUGAAAAGCUCGAGACGGCGCGCAAGCAGAUAUCCUUGGACAGAAUCAUCGUUGUUGAUGAGACUGGGUCAAUCCCGAGCACAAAGUCUAUUGACAAAAGGCACGUUUUCGUCAAUCUGGAGCAAGAAUAUGCUGCUUUGCAAGAGGAACUCAGAAGCUCAACUGAAGGGAAUGUUUCUCAGAAGCAUGCCUCGAACCUAAAAUUGUUUCGAGACGCUUUAAAAAUGCUUCCCCCUUCUUCAUCCGGACUGCUGACCACGCCGCUUGAAGCCGCAAACAGUGCCAGGUUGAACGACAGCGGAGUGUCGGGUGUCGGGACGAGAAGGCAGAAGAACCCCUUGAUCCAUAAUCUGUUGACUGAUAAACCGGCGUAUUCGUCAUCUUUGCCCACAGGCAGACUGGCGCACGACGCAUCCUCAGUACCGGUGACGACUUCGACUUUUGUGAAACGGGGCAUGCCACUGACUAUCUUGCCCAAUCCAGAGGCACAAACCUGGACGGCUACGUCGAAGCCUCGCCUGCAACUGACGGACCCCCGGAUCGACUUGGAGCGUCUUACGUACCUUGUCGACGACUCUUUCAAUCGCAAGCUCGACGUGGAGGCAUAUCUGAAACGCGUCAAUGAUCGAAUCGCCGGGGUGAUCAUCGCCGGGGAAUACGAAGGCGGCGCAAUCCUUACAUGGGAAACCCCGCCGGGUUGCUCAGACGACGACACGGACCGUCUAGUCCCGUACCUCGACAAGUUUGCCGUCCUCAAGAAAUCCCAAGGGGCAGGCGGGGUGGCGGACAUCGUCUUCAACGCCAUGGUCCGCACGUGCUUCCCCAACGGCGUCUGCUGGCGGAGUCGAAAGGACAAUCCCGUGAACAAAUGGUACUUUGAGAGGUCGAGGGGCACGUGGAAGAUCCCGGCGACGAACUGGACCAUGUUCUGGACGACGCCGGGCAUUUUCGACAACGGCCACAAGACGGGCGUCUUUCUGGACUACGAAAGCGUCUGUCGGACGGUGAAGCCCACGUGGGCGGAUGGGAAGAAGAUUGCUGAUUAGCGAAUUUGCAACCAGUACAGUAGAGCUAUUUUGACAGGCCAUGUACAGCCGAUGGAAUCGAAUGUAGAUUUGACAAACGUCUAUUGAUACAGAUUCUAAAGAAAGCCGC